GAGAAAAGGGGCCUGGAGGCAGACCUCGAACUCAGACCGGGGUCCAGUGGUGCAACGUCAUCACCUCCCUACCAGGGGAUGGGGCUGAGGCAUGAGACCAGAGGAGACAUGGAGACAAGGCUGCCUCAGUGAUUUCUCUCCCCUCCUUGUUUCUUUCUCCCAAAUAGAACCCAUGAUGGCAAAAAUUCAGCAUGAACCAUUCAUACAUACGGAAGGUAAAGGCUUUCACCGUCCCUCUGACUGCUGCCCCGACUUAAAACAACGAAAAAUUCGAUGUGCAAACAUGAAAGAUUUUUUUGUAACCAGUAGUGCAUGCUCCCGGCCAGCUGUCAUGUCGCAGGAGGCUUGUGUCCUCAUUCGGAUUCUGCAGGGCAUCAGUUUCCUCACCAAAAAGGAGCGGCUUGUCUGUGCUGACCCUUUUGAUUUGCAAGUUCAGAAUUGCAUGAGGUCCCUAAAGAUGAAUCACGUGGAUGUGAGAAAGAGGAGGCUUGCUUGAGAAGGGAUGCUAGGUGCCAGCCACCCCACCUCCACUUGUCUUGUCCCAACGCCCUCCUGGGAUUUUCUUGGCCUGAAUUAUUUUUCAAAAAGCAACAACUACUGUUCUUUUUGUUCUGGUUAUAAAAGCAAUGCAUUAAUAAAGAGUAUCCAAUGUAACUUUUCUUGAACUUUAAGAGGAAAAAGAAACUAUAGGAAUUGCUGAAA